AUUAUAAAACAUUGAUGAACAUUCAUUGAUACAUCAAGCCUCAACAGCCCACCCAUAUACUGCACUUUGAUACAGGCUUUGACGGUACUGUUUUACAGGUGGCAGCUCCAAUGUCUUCUGCUGUAGCGCGUCAUAGUGAAUAUAACCGACUGGCUUCUCAAUGAGGUACAGAGGGAAACAGCUCAUACCAUGGUGCCAUGGGACAUCAUGUCUAUACCGUUUCCAUGUCCCUUGGACGGUCAGAGGGACUGUGUAUUUCAGCAGGACUUACAGCACACAACAACAGAAACCACCAACCAACCAUGACCAAGCAGACAAACCUGCUGUGCCUAUUCAGGAGCAUGCCAUAGCUACAAUACAGAAUCUGACUGACUUGGGGAAGCAGUGGGGACAAAAGUCUGUGAGCACCGCCUCACAGUGGAGGCAGAAGUCUAUGAGCACUGCCUCAAACACAGUUAACUACUGGUGGAAGAGGUACGAGGAGUUUGUCGGCCUGAAUGAAGUCAGAGAUGCCCAGUCUAAAGUCACAGAGGUAAGAGAAUAUGCAAGCCAGGCUUAUGGAACUGGAGGUUUUGAUGUAUUUAUCUUACUACCACUUCACUGAGUUUUCCCUGACUACAUGACCUGGCGAGGAGAAAACCCUAGUUUGUCCUGGGCCCCAGAGUUUGUCCUAGCCAGGUCAGAUUAUUCAUCUCUUUCCUGAUCUUGUAAAUGUUGUAAUGUGUUUCUUUAGGCAGAAAAGGCCUUCAUGGUGACCAGAGGGAUGGUGCGUGAAGCACAUGGCAGCCUGGAGACCUUACAGGUCAGGCUGAAGGAGGUGAGAGACCGACUGGAUCGGGUCUCACGAGAGGAGGCCCACUACCUGGAGCUGGCCACGCUGGAGCACAAGCUGCUGCAGGUAACAACUGUCAACACGGGAAUAAAAUGGAACACACAAAUCUGUAGUGUUGCACUCUGUAUUUAAAGAAACAAACAUUCUCACAAUUUCCUGACCAUAGGAGGAACGUCGCCUGCGAACAGCCUACGAGAACGCAGAGGGGGCGGAAAGGGAGAAGUUUGCCUUAUUCUCAGCGGGUGUACGUGAGAGCCACGAGAAAGAACGGACGCGGACAGAGCGCACCAAGAACUGGUCCGUAAUAGGCUCUGUACUCGGUGCCUUCAUAGGGGUCAUGGGGUCAACCUAUGUCAACAGGGUACGCCUACAGGAGCUGAAGACCUUGCUACUGGAGGCCCAGAAAGGACCAGUCAGCCUACAGGAGGCUAUCAAAGUCCAGGCCAGUAUGCAUAAGAUCCAACAAGAGGAGCUGAGAGGCCUUAUAGACACCCUGAGGGUGACACUUCAACAUAGAGCAGCUCAGGCUGAGAAGGAGAAGAAUGUGAAGAAACCAGUGGCAGCUCCUGUUCCGGUUCCAGAACCCAUCGUGGUUCCACCUCCACCCCAACCCUCUGAGGCAGUUCUAAAAGAGAUAUUGCUUUAUAUCCAGAAGGCACAGUCUCUUAUAGAAGGAUUACAGCCCCAGCUGGGGCAGCUGGAACAGGGUGUAGGGAAGGUGGAAUCGGAACUCCUGGAAGUGAAGAAUUUGAUUGAGACGUAUCACAGUGAAGAGAAGCCGCCUGUAGUGAUAAGUCAACAAGAUUCACAGAUGUUUGUUUGCGAAACAGAGAGUGUUAUGCAAGGACUUGACCAGACGGAGAAAAGACUUGAGGCUCAGAUAAACCAGACUACCAUGUACAACACUGUUCUGGCUUACAUUGCGCUUGCUGUCACUGUUCCUGCACUGUAUGUUCUCUUUAGAGGUGUUUGACUAAUGUUAUGUACUGUAAAAUAGUGAUAUUAAUCUGACAGGGUCCAUCUUGAUUUACAAUGAAAUAAUUACAAAUUAAUAUUGUGAUUGCUGUUCAUGUCUUUCAUACAGGGAAAAUGAACCAUGCACUGAUGUGAAAUCAAUGACUGUAAAUAUUGAGUCUGAAAUGUAAAAAAUUAGAGUACUAUAAAUAAAUGAAAAUGUAAUACAUUAUAAAAUAUUU